GGGCCAAUUGUAAAUUUUUCAAUUUUUAAAAUUUUCUUUUUUUUUCAUUUUUCAAUAAUGGAUUUCAAUCAAAUUCCUUUUAAAUUACGAUUUAAUAAAACUUUUAAAUUAUUCAAUGAAGUUAAUGAGUAUAUGAAUGAAUUGGAUAGGAUUGUAAAAAAACGUUUGCAUCAUAUACAGGUGAAAAAAACUAUUCAACAAAUUUCAGAAGAAAAUUUUUUCUACAUUGGAAACACAUUGAAAAUGGUACAAAAUUAUCUAAAAUCAGUACAAUGUCAAAUUGAACAAGAUUCAUCGAAUCUAUUGAUGAAACAAUUGGAUGAAAAAAUUAAACAAUUUCACGAAGAUCAACAAGAAUAUAUGACAUUGAAAAAUAUGAAAAAUGUCAACGUUUUAAUUAAUCCACUUCCUCGAUGUUGGAAAUGUCUAACAUGGAAAAAUAAUGAUGAUGUAUUCAUGAAAACUGCUUCUGUUCCGAUAUCGAAACCAAAAAAUCCAUUCUAUGAGCCAAAUAAUAUUCAUGCUAAAUUAUAUAAUGAAGAUGAUGAUGAUCAAUAUGCAAGCAUUGAUCAUUUAUUAAAUCUAUUUAGGAAACAAAAUGAAUGUUUGAAACAAAAAAUUGCCAUUCUUGAUGAAACAAUAAUCACAUUGUUCAAUAAUUCACGUGAAUAUCUGAAAACUUUGCUCAAAGUAGAAAUGCUUUUGGAACAACAACAAGAAUGUAACCUAAAUGAAGAAUCAAAAUUAAUACAAUCGGCAAUUAUGGAUUCGUUUUCAAUCGAAGAUAAAGUUGAUUUUUUCUCCACAUCACCAGAUGCAUUCGAAUUGAACAAUCCUAACCUUCAUAUGAGAGUUGUGUUGAAAAUUCCAGAAAAAAACUCUAUUUAGAUGAAAUGAUAAUAAGGUUCGAAACUUUUUAUUCAAUUAUUAUUGCAAUCAUAUAAUUUGCGAAAUUUGAUUAUUUACAAAAUGAUAAUCAUCACAUUUGUUUGCAUGUAUUAUAUAUUGUAUUGUUGUGUUGUGUUAUACCUUAAAGUUAAAUUUUUGUUUGUUUUUAUAUCGUGCUUUGUGUGUAAUAUAAAAUUAAAUAAAACAAAUUGUCCAAAAAGAAAAAUCAACAAAACUUCUUAACAAAUUCGAACAAAUAUUAAAAACCCCAAAGAAAUUGUUGGCCAUUAUCCAAUUUUGUUUUUGUUUUUACACAGAAUAUCAGCAUCAUCAUCAUCAUCAUAAUUAUUAUUGUUAUUAUUCCUGUGAGAAACCUUCGGUUUCUUCGAUUGCAAAAUUUAAUUUCUCUACCAAUUGUCCA